ACUAUCUGACUGGUCGCAUCCCGUGCCACCAGUUCAGAUAGAGCACUUGCAGGCAUGGUCGCAUGCGACCAUGCCAGGCAAGUGGUUAAGUAAAUCACAUCUUGUUAGACAUCAGAGAAGUCACACAGGUGAGAAGCCAUUUCCAUGUUCUGAGUGUGGGAAAUGUUUUGCACACAAAUCAGAUCUCGCUAGACAUAACAGAAGUCACACAGCUGAGAGGCCAUUUUCUUGCUAUGAGUGUGCGAAAUGUUUUACACGGAAAUCACAACUUGUUGUACGUCAGAGAAGUCACACAGGUGAGAAGCUAUUUCCAUGUUUUGAGUGUGGGAAAUGUUUUGCACACAGAUCAGAUCUUGUUAAACAUCAGGGACGUCACACAGGUCAGAGGCCAUUUCCAUACAUAAAUCAGCACAAUAGAAAUCACUCAGGUGAGAAACCAUUUUAAGCUUCUGCAGUAUACUUAUCAUUGCCAUGCGUUGUUCUUCUAGAGGAUGCUGGGGACUCCGUAAGGAC